CGAUUCAUAGAUUUUUUUUUUCCAUUUCCAAGUGGAGCAAAUAUAUUUCCGAUAAUAAAAAGCAGUAUCUAGUCCAUUAAUAGAAUUCAUUGCCAUUUACUGCAUCGACCACUUGUAGCAUCGACCACUUGUAGCAUUAAAUAAUAGCCAUUCGUCAUAUUUUUCUUUCUUGGUCUACUUCAGUGAUGACAUCACGAGUGGACUCGGUCAUACAUAACGUGGGUAGUGGAGAUUACGUGGGCUGAGUAGUUACAUAAACACCCAUUACAGGCCCAAUAAAUAAAAGGCCCAUAUAGCUAUCCUAUUUCACCCACCAUUGUUUCCGUUGUUGAAGCUCUCUCAAAGCUCCCCUUCGAAAUCUCCGUCCCUUCUUCUCUCUCUGUCGAUCGGCAAUGGCUGCCCCCAACUCCAUUUUCACCACCGCUCCGUCGAGAAAUCUCGCACCUAUCUCUCUUCACCAGUCAUUAUCUUCACCGUUGAGUCUCCGGAUCACUAAAUCGAACUCCGUCGCGUUUCGUCCCAAACCCCGAUCCAGCUCGCUCGUCUUCUGCUCCACCGAUGAAUCAAAGAUCUCCGCAGAGAAAGAGAUCCCAAUUGAACUUAGGUACGAGGCUUAUCCGACAGUGAUGGACAUUAACCAGAUACGAGAGAUUUUGCCUCACAGGUUCCCGUUUCUGUUAGUGGAUAGAGUGAUAGAGUACACAGCUGGUGAAUCUGCGGUAGCUAUCAAGAACGUUACCAUUAAUGACAAUUUCUUUCCUGGGCAUUUCCCUGAGAGGCCCAUUAUGCCUGGUGUCCUCAUGGUUGAGGCCAUGGCUCAGGUGGGAGGUAUAGUGAUGCUAAAUCCAGAAGUGGGCGGAUCUAAAAGCAACUUCUUCUUUGCUGGAGUCGACAAAGUGAGAUUCAGAAAGCCUGUGAUUGCAGGUGACACUCUGGUGAUGAGGAUGACGCUUGUGAAGCUGCAGAAGCGGUUUGGGAUAGCCAAAAUGGAAGGGAAAGCAUACGUAGGGAACACUUUGGUAUGCGAAGGAGAGUUCUUGAUGGCUAUGGGGAAAGAAGAGGAGUGAUCAUGUUCUCAUGCCUUUUGCUUUUUUUUUUCUUACCCUUGUGGGUACGAGUUUAUCACACAUUGAGUCUCAUUUCUAUCUCUAGUUUCUGUUGUUUGUUCCAAAUGUUGUUGACUAUUUACAAGAAAAUAAUGAAUUGGAGUUAUCACA